GGAAGACUUUGAUUGUCGGCCGCCGGUGUUCGGGCGGGCGCGUAAAGCGCGCGGUGAAUGGGGAAGGGCUCUCGGCUUCGGGGGCCGCAGAACUGCUUGACUCAGCCGGCUAAUUGACAGUGUGGCUGCUGACUGAGCAUGAUGGGAUUUGGCAUUCAGUUGGCGCUACUGAUUUGGAAGAACUUCACCUAUCGGCGCAGGCAGACGUUGCAGCUGAUUAUUGAGGUCCUUUGGCCCCUCUUCCUCUUCCUCAUCCUCAUUUCAGUGCGUCGCUCACACCCGCCGUUCGAGCAGCAUGAAUGUCACUUCCCAAACAAAGCCCUUCCAUCUGCAGGUAUACUGUCAUGGAUUCGGGGUGUUAUCUGCAAUGCCAACAACCCCUGCUUCCGGUACUCUACUCCUGGAGAGACUCCAGGCCUGGUGGAUAAUUUCAACCAUUCCAUGUUGUUGUGAGCAUGAAGUAGCGGACCCAGGAGAAGCAUACGCUCUGCUUUACGCAGCUUGGAUGCCAGAUGAGAUGUCAAUGUAGCAACACACGACGCUUUCUUUUGUCUUAAUGCAAGCACUUAGAGAAGCUGCAGGAAGCAAAUACUUGCCAGGCUUUUAAACUUGCAAAUGUUUUAACAGAUAAUGCACUUAAGAAAGGAACAAACGAUGUCCUUCUGCUUCAAAGUGUGUCUUUUAGCCUCCUGCACUUUCAUGCAAAUUUAAUGGCUCAAUUCCUGAACUGAAGUGGGAUCUUCAAGUUCUUUGAGCUUGUGAGUGGAGAGACAGUCCCACCAAGAAUGAAAUGCUCUCAUGGAGGCUGUGGCAUGUGCUUCUGUGUGCGGCCCGUGGGUCUCAAGCGCUCCUCCAUGGGAUUUUUUGUUCUCCCUAGAACUCUUUGCUGGAAGUGGUGAGGGGUUUUCUGCUAAUGUCAGGUACUUUUGAAAAAAGAUCAGCCUUUCCUAAAAGGUUGCUCAUUGCUUUGGAUCAGCUUGAUGUGACUCGAGGGUUGGUGUAUGAGCUGGGAGAUGAUGAUGAGGAGGAGGAAGAUUUUAAUUUCUAUAUGGCCCAUAACUGAAGCUCUCUGUUACACCAAAACAUAAAAACAAGAAAAGCAAUAGAUAAAAA